CGAGAUGGACUGACCUAGUAACCGGUUCGCUGUGUCAUCACGUGCGGUGGAGCUUUGUUUUAUCAAGCUUUGGGGGCAAAAAGCUCACCGGGAGCCAACGCAAAGCUCUACGUUUUUGGGGCGUAAAGUUUAUGUUCAAUAUGCAGGGCUCCCGAGUUCCCUAUAAUUUGAUAAACUCCAAAGCUAACCCAAUUAAAAUUUGAUAUCAAGCUCUUGGUGGCGUAAAAAUGCGGCAAUGCCCAGGGCACUGCACUUACCUAUCAAGACGGAAAACACGUCGUAUGCUUCAUGACGUGCCACAUGCUCACAUACAUACAUGAAUGCCAGCGGCAAAGCCACCAUCGAGGAUUUAAUUAACUUGAAAGGAUUCACUCCGUCACAAAUCACUGUAAUCAAGGUAAAGCCUUAAUUACAUGGGUCUUUAAUACGUGUGCUGACAUCUGAUUGAUUGCGAUAUCAAGUAUUUAUGGCGGUGUCAAGGGGCAUUAAGUAAACAGUUGAAGAUGGAACUGUCGGUGGCAACCAGGUCGAGAGGGCAGGGAUCCUCGGUGUUUCUGCUCAAGAGUUUUGCCAGGAGUCUGCGGCAGUUCCUCAACCAGACUAGUCUGCAUGGCCUUAAGUUUGUGGGCGAUGCGAGUCUCAGCAGUUGGGAGAGAUCGUUCUUCUUUGGCUCCUUUGCCACCGCUCUUAUAAUCACAGUCCACCUUAUAUCAAAUAUCUAUGUCAAGUGGGACAGCACCCCGGUUAUAAUAGGCAUCAGCCCACAUGCCACCUCCAUUUUGAAAGUACCCUUUCCGGCUAUAACCAUUUGCAAUAUGAACCAAGUGCAAAGGAGCCUGGUGGCCAAUUACAGAGAGGGCUCCAAUGAGAGCGCUCUUUUAAAGCUUUUGUGCGACUCGGAUAGCUGGCAGUCCAGCGAGUUCGAUGAAGAGCUUGAUGGCUUAAAUUUCGCCGGGAAUAGCCUGAGGAUAUCCGACUUUGUUGCAAACCAUUCGCAGUCCUGCGAGAGAAUGUUGCUCUUCUGUAGAUUCAGUGCCGUGGAGCGAAACUGUUCGCACUUGUUUCAGCGCAUCCUGACAGAUGAGGGUCUGUGCUGCUCCUUCAAUUUUCAACCGCCUGAAUUUCUCUACAAGCCAUUUGCCAACAACCGUCGCAACUUGACGAAUGCAGAUGGGUUUGAAAGUGUCAUGUGGGACCCGGAGGCAGGUUAUCCAGAAAAAUUACCCCCUAAAUUCUAUCCGGCUCCAUCAAGUGGAACAGGCAUCACUUUGGGGUUUACAGCAGUACUAGAUGCCGAGGUGAGUGAGUAUUACUGCUCCUCCACUAAUGGACCUGGUUUUAAGGUGUACUUUCACAAUCCCAUUGAGGUGCCCAAGGUAAAGGAGGCCGGUUUGAUUACAGCCACUGGCCAUGAGACCAAUUUCCGUAUCGAAAUGGUGCGAGCCGAGGCUGUUCCGGCCAUUCGCUCGAUAUCCCGCGAUGGCCGGCAGUGCCUGUUCAACAACGAGAAGGAGCUGAUCUUUUACAGGAUAUACACGAGGCUCAACUGCGAGAACGAGUGCAUGGCUGCCUACCUGUACGAGAGCUGCUCCUGCAUCCCGUACGACUAUCCGCAGAUCUACAGCAACGCCAGCACCUGCAGCAUGCGGGACACCUUCUGUGUGCGGAGGGCCCAAAGGGCGGAGAGCCGUCCCAGUUGGGUGAAGUGCCGCCAGCUGUGCCUGCCCAGCUGCUUCGAUCUCAACUAUUUGGCCAGUGGCUUCGUCUUCCCGCUGGCCUCCGACAACUUCCAGCUGGCCAACACGCUCGUGGAAAACAUCAACAAAUCCUAUCUGAGUGAGAACAUAGCCGUGAUCAAUGUCUACUUUCGAGAGUCCGUCUACUAUGGAAACACCAAGAAUGCCUACGUGGGGCUGACCGAGUUUCUAUCCAACGUCGGUGGUGUAAUGGGUCUCUUUAUGGGGUUCAGCGUCAUCUCUAUGGCGGAGAUCCUCUACUUCCUGAUCCUGAAACCCCUUGCGGAGCUCUUCGUAUGGAAGAGGUCCUCCCACGUGGCCCCAGAUAAAAGCCCCGCCGUAGAACAACCAACUUCAGACAACCCCACUCAAUGGCAUACCAGGGAACUAUAUCCCAAGGGAAUGUCGUUGAAGGCGUUCGCAAGGGGUAACAAAAUGAAAAAAGGUAAUUUGAAAACAGUUGCCGAAAGGAUGGAAUUUCCCAGAAGAGAAAUUACUAAUAUGUAAUCACAAAGUACGAAUACACACGUAAUCUGCCAUGUCAUGCGUGUCCAGU